GACCUGCGCGAGCUGCUGGCGGCCUCGGUGGCGGCGGCGGUGCGCGGCGGCGCCGAGGUGCGGCGGGUGCGCGAGGGCGACGCGCUGCACGAGAAGGCCAAGGGCAAGACGCGCGAGGGCGCCGAGGAGAAGCUCACCAGCGGCGACCUGCUCUCCAACCGGCAGAUGUACCACCUGCUCCGCGCCGCCUUCCCCGGCGUGCAGAUCAAUACAGAAGAACAUGUAGAUGCAGAUGACCAGGAGAUAAUUUCUUGGGACCGCAGUAUUCCUGAAGAUAUAAAGAGGCAAAUUCAGCCUAAAUUGGUCCAAGCGGACAGUGUUACCAUGUGGAUUGAUCCUUUAGAUGCAACUCAGGAGUAUACAGAGAACCUCCGGCAGUAUGUCACUACCAUGGUGUGUGCAGCUGUAGAUGGAAAGCCAGUGAUCGGAGUAAUACACAAGCCAUUUUCUGGAUAUACGGCCUGGGCGAUGGUCAAGGGCGGGUCGAACAUCAAGCCGCGCUCGUCCUACAACGAGCAGACGCCCACCAUCAUCGUCUCCCGAUCUCACGAAGGGAAGGUGAGGCAGGUCGCGUCGCAGUCGUUUGGAAAUGAAACGAAAAUCAUUAAAGCCGGAGGAUCAGGAUACAAAGUGCUGUCGCUGCUGGAUGUGCCCGAGGCGAACCAGGAAAAGGCCGAUGUGUACAUCCAUGUCACAUACAUCAAGAAGUGGGACAUCUGUGCAGGCAAUGCGGUGCUGGAUGCCUUGGGAGGUCGGAUGACCACCCUGGCUGGGGAAGAGAUCAACUACACCGGCUCCGACGGCAACGAAGGCGGGCUCAUAGCAAGCAUCAACAUCAACCACCGGGCACUGGUUGAAAAGCUCGUUCGGGACAAGUCAGCGCAGAAUUAAGGGCUGAAGAGCGCGCGAGCCGCCCGCACUUCCGUGGACCCUCAGAACGCCUGUUGCAGACGGAAGGAGGUGCCCUUGAGCACAAGAACACAUUGGGAGGAGCAAAUUCAGACAGCGGUGGUUUCUCGGGGGGACCAUAAAUCACCACAGUGUUUAGAAGCAAGAUUACUGGGACCCACACUGUCCUUCGUCUCAUUGUCAAGUUCUUAAUUUUUGAGACUUGUGUCUCGCGUGCCUAACACAGCUGAGAAAUCCAGAUGGCUGCUCUUAACAAUGGAAGCACAUUACAAAUUAGGCUCUGGUAAAGCUGUACACUUUGUUCUGGUACUCUUUGCAUUGUCUGGUCACUUAAAGGAAAACGGUUACUUGAAAUCCGGGGAUAGAUAUUCUCAAUUCUUUUGGAUUACAGAGUCUACAGAGGCUUAAACAUCUUCAUGUGUCAGGUGUUCAUCCUGGGUACAAUUUGAAAUGGUAAAGGAUACGUUAGGAUCUAUUUUUAAUUUACCUGAAGUUUCAAACCAGCUUAAUGUGGGUGGGAGUGUUAAUAUUUGUGUAGUUUUCUUAUAACAUCCUUUCUGUGUAUUGUUUAAAAGAAGAUGUGUUCCCCAGUACCGUUUCAGUUGUUGAAUAUUGCCAGUAUAAACUGUCGAGUUUCUUAAAUAUUUAACAUUUGGUGUUAACCUUACAAAGCAGUCAUCUGUCUCAAUCCUUUUUUAAGAUACCUGAUGAGAGAAACUCAGAUUUUUUUUUUUUUUUUUUUGGCCAACAUAAAUUCUUACAUCGUGUGACACUUUUUACAGGGAAACCGAAGUGUCUUGGCAGCUGUCCUUGCUCCAGCAUUGUAGAGUUCUCCUUUAAAAGACGCUCCCCGGUUUUUGGUUUGCCAGUCUGGAACGCUCUCUCGACGUGCUCCUUGGCACUUGCACCCGGGCUGCGGAAGCGGUCAGGGCUUCCGUGUAACUGACCGCAUGUGGUCAUCCCUUCAAAUUCGUCCUGUUGAAGAAAGCUACAUCUGUGUUUAAUGCAAAACACUCAAAGCCUGUGAGGAGCAUAGGGGGCAGUUAAAAGCAGCUCUGAAAACUGGGUGUGCACCUUGAAAGUUAAUUGGUGUAAUUCGUCCAGCUUUGAUCGCAUGGCCCUCAGUUCUCUUGUAACCAGCAAGAACCCUGGAGCUUGGGCCUUUUAGGUGGGCGUGUGCCAUGCAGACUUGCGAGCUCAGGCUUCCCUAAACAACUCAAAUACCAAAUAAUAAUAAUAUCAAUAACGAAAGAAAAUAUACUGUAUUUGAAGCAUACUCUGUUCGGUCACAGAAAGCUAGUUGAAGGUCAGAAUAACAAAACAGUGUGUUUUAUCUAACUUACAGAAAUGUUUCAUUUUCUACUGUACUACAAAGAUUCUUUUUCUUGGUGUUUUGGGUAGUGUAUUGACUUAAUUUGAUCAUUUUAGGAAACCGGUGAUUUGUCAAAAAAAGUGCAGUCCUACACAUGUCUACUCAGAAGUAAGUCUCAUUAUUUUCAGUUGAGCUUAUCUUUGCCUGGUUGGUAAUACUAGUUAAAAAUUAUUCUGAAAAUAAGUGCUGGGAGGCAUGUUUCCUUUAGAAAUGUUCCCAUUGUUAAAUUUUAUUGGAAUGCCGUUUUCCUUUUCUAACCAAUUUAUUCCAUGAACAUGUUAAAAUGAGACAGACACUCUCUUUUUCAAACUACUGAUCUGCAGUUCGGUUUUCUGGAGCAGCACAUUUUGACAAAGGACUAUUUGAAAAUUAAAUGCUUUACAAAUGGA